UCCAACCUAAGAUAUAACUUAGCAAAAGAGUAUUCCUAUGAAUAAGAAUUAAGGAACUUAUUUACUUUGCCCCCCUGCCAUGUGGUUUGUUCCGUGUUCCCCCAGCGUUGAUGGGCUCACGGCCGUGCUGUGCGAGUGAAGCCGCUAUGCCGCCAGCCUAACCCGCGGGACGCGCUAAAGCUGGCGUCUACUCUCUCCCACGGCCACAACGACUUGUUUCCCGCCCAGUUUCCGCCGUGUGCCCGGCAGAUCCUGGCCGAUAGGACGGACUGCGAGGCGCCAAGAGCAGCGAGGGACGGCGGCGGGCGGCGGUUUUGUCCGGACCCGACCCGCUAGCUCCGUGGUCACGGUGUCCCACCCCCGAGCCUACCCGGGCUCCCAGCACGAACUCUCCGCCUCUUUCCUCCUCUCCAGGCCCACGGAUCUGCACCAGGACUCGACAUUUGCACGUAUUCCUGCCUCAUCGCGACUUCUUCGUGGAGAAUAGCGUCAGGAAUCGCAGAAAUAUACCGAUUUGGUGAGCAGUUGUCCCGUGGUGCGACCCCCCUCCCCACUCACCCAGUCAGCUCGCAGAAAAAGAAGAAAAAAAAAUCGCGGAAUAAUCAGGUCAAAACUUUCUUCGCUUCUCUCUUCGGAUACUUCUCCACCAUUCUCCACGAUGUAAAGGUGUUGUGGUGACCAUUGACGCGUUCUCCCGGAUUUUAAGCGAGUACCCUCCCCAGAUUUGGAGUACAGACCGCUGCAGCAACCCUGUGCCACCAUGUCGCGGAAGGGAGAACCCUGCAACAAAUUCGCCGCCAACAUCUUCAACAAGGCCAAGUGUCAAAACUGCUUCCGUCCUCGGGAAGAACAUCUUCUCAACGACUCAGACAUGUCCCAGGCCAAAGUGACGGCAUGCGGCUGGAUGUACCGCGCCCCUGACCUCAUAGACUUCAGCAACCCGGCUCAGAGAUCACGGAAAUGGCAGCGACGGUGGUUUGUGCUGUUCGAACAUGGCGGCCUGGUCUUCUCACUGGACGAAAACCCGAGCACGAUUCCCCAGGGCACCAUUAACAUGAACCAGUGUACGGAGGUGUACGACGGACAGGGCAGGACAGGCAAGGAGAACUGUCUCGCUAUCGUCACUCCAGACAGCGUCGACUACGUCUCAACCGACAACAAGUUCGACAUCGACAGGUGGUACGAGGUCCUGGUUAUCUACCCUCGCAGUAAGAAGAUGAAGAACAAGCGGAAUUUCACCAUACCCAGCCGGAAGUCGGACAGCCCGGAUGCUGAGAGGUCACAGGAGGGCGUUACCACGCCGACUGGACAGGAGAAGCCCAGCGACGAGGAGAACAAGGAAAAUCAGAAAGCCAGGCCUCGACAACCAACCAGGGUCAUCGUCGUCAGUCGCACUUUUCCGACUGUACAAAAAAUUCCGUCGUUUCCAUGGAUACAGGACAUCCCCGGCCAACCGGAGAAGGAGAAGGACCCGGAGACGGGGACGCAGCGCGAGCCGUUGUCCCCGACGACCGUGACUUCUCAGAAGGAUGCGCAACCGCCGACGAUACUGCCCCAGAAAUCCGACAAGGACGCGAAGAACGUUAACGGCGACCUGAAAGGUCAGCGGAAGGAAACGAACCUCGAAAGGUACAACACGAUGUCUUCCAAGCAGAUGGACAAGAAAGGCUCCCUUGGGGGUUCCUCGCGAGGGACGUCCAAGUCUCAGAGUCUUGACGAACAGCAAGCCAGAACCCCUAGUGAGGACUCCGGCGGUGAGGAGAGAAAAGCAGGGACCAUGUACGAGACGUUUAGCAGCUCGGACAUCCGAGACGCGCGCAGAAAUCGGCGGCCGAGCGACCCCUACGCCAAAAUUGCGGACGUGCCAAAAGCCAAGCGCUACGAUGGGGUGGAUUCAGGAGCAACUUCUCAAGAUGCAGAAGAAGAAGGUGGAGAAGAAGAAGAAGAAUCAUCUUCCGAGGAGGAAGAGUCGUCAGAGUCUGAACCGGAGGCGCCUCAAGAACCGGUUUCCGCGCCGCCUCCGUUGGAAAAGAAACCGGACAGCGCGGCGUCCUCCCCCGACAAGCAGCGGCCCAAGAGCCUCGGGGUGGAAGACUUCGAGAAGCUCCUUGGAGAAAAGCCGAAGCCGAUCUUAAGACUGUACGACCAGCUGGAGGCCCUGGAGCCUGAUUGGCCCAGGGAGCAAGCCCGGGAGGGAAGGAGUGAGAGAAGAGGCAGAAAAGAGAGCAGAGAGGAGCCUCCAUCGAUGCGCCGCCGCAACGCCGCCAUGCAGGCCGCCCAGCGCAGAGCGCGGUCUCUGGGGCCGGAAGUGCGAUACACCGACAACAUCUCCCCUGAGCUGUUGAACUUGAAGAAAGGCUGGCUGAAUGUGCAAGGCUCCACAGAGAAGGAGUGGACCAAGCACUGGUUUGUACUGUCUGGCCAUGGUCUACACUACUACAAGGAUGCCAAGGCAGAGGAGGCUGGGACAUACGAUGGUGCCAUUGACCUUGACACGUGUUACGAGGUGUCGGAGAAAACUUCCCAGAGAAACUACGGCUUCCUCGUCAAGACCCACUCAGGUGUGUAUAACCUGUCGGCGAUGACCUCGGGAAUCCGGCGGAACUGGAUUGAGGCGAUACGAAAGGUCAUGCCGGCCAGCCUGCGACCUCCGUCCCCCGACAUCACCAAGGACGCCAAACCACCACCGCGCCGGGAGGAACAGGAGAUGACCCCGGGGCGCGAGGUGCCCAGACGGAGGGCCUUCCUCCCUGACACCGAGCAGAUGCUAUACGGGGAUAAACCACAAGGGGGCGUUGAUGCCAAGAAGUCGGGCUGGCAGCACCCGGGCCGGAAGCGUACGCGGGAGGAGCGUCCCAAGACCAUGGACAUCUCCGUGAUCCGAGACCAGUACCGCCAGCGGAACCGAGACAGCGUGCACGAGCAGCGAUCUUCUGACGACAUGCUGAGGAGACCGUCCGCCAGCAAAACACCGCUGGUGACGGAACCACGCAGGGUCGCCACCGGUCCCGUUCCCUCCGCCCAGCCGGUUGAACCGCCUGCGGAGCCGGAUGGCAGGCAGCGAGAGGAGGCGGCAGCGAAGGAGGCGGUCCAGAGGCAGGAGGAGGAGAAGAAGAGGCUGGCGGAGAUGGAGAGGCUGAAGGAUGAGACGGAGAGACGACAGGCACAGACGGACAGCACGCUGGUGGAGCUGCUCGAAACAGAGGUGGAGUCCCUGAAAGCCAGGCUGGAGAAGACACAGCAGGACCUGGUGAAUGUUCACGAGGAGAAUGUCGAGCUGAAGAUGCAGCUGGCGGCAACCCGACGGGAACACCUGCAGUCCUACACGGAGAUGGAGAGCGAACAGUCCACUUACCUGACACAGAUCGAGGACAUCAACCAGUCCUGGCACUACCUCCGCAACCUCAACACCGAGCUGCAGGCCCAACUGGAGGACCAAAAGUCCCGGGCCGACCUCACCAACAUCCAGGUGCAGACACUCAAGAACCAGCUGACGGAAGCCAAGGAGACUUCCAGAAAGCAGGACGCGGAGAUCCGCAGUCUCAAGACGAAGCUGGACAUCUCGAACUCGGAGAUCACCAUCGGAGAGUCUGCCCUGAAGAAGGCGCAGAGUUACCUGGAGCUGGAGCGGGAGCGCAGCCUUGCGCAGGUGGAAGACAUGAAAGGGAAAGUGAAGGCUCUUGAGGAGAAGCUGGUCCAGAGCGAUGUGCAGCUUCAGAAGGUGCGGGAGGAGAUGGCUGAGAAGAUAAGACAGCUGCAGAACCUGAGCAAGGAGAAGGAGAAGGACUCUGAGAACAGCAGGCUGGUGGAGAGGCUGAUGGGGAGGAUCGAGGACCUCAAGGGUCGGCUGGACGAGUCGGGGAAGGAGCAACAGCAGAACGAGGAACGUCUUCAGCGCCGGAUGGAGCGUCUUCAGAACAAGUACGAGGGCGAGAAGAAGUUUCUGGAGGAGACCGUGAAGGAUACAGAGGAGAGGCUGAAGGAGACGGAGGAGAAACUGAAGGUGCAGAUGGAGAGGGUCCAGCGGGACAAGCAGAGGGACGAGGAGGAGAUCACCGAGCAGGUGCACAGUCUCGAGCGACGUCUUAAAGAUGCUGACGUGAUGAUCAAGCAGCGCUCGGAGCAGCUGCAGAUGGAGCGGUCGGGGAAGGGUCCGCUGGUGUCGAAGGUGAACAGCCUGACCUCGCGGGUGGAGGAGCAGGAUCGGGAGAUCCAGGCCCUGCGAUCCCGGCUGCAGCAGGACCAGAAGAGGAGCGGGAUGCAGACACAGCUGGAGGACACCGUCCGAGAACUGCAGGCAUCGCAGCAGAGGGUGCAGGAGUUAGAGAGCGAGCUGACAGAAAGGGCCGAGACCAUCCAACGACUCGAGAACGGUGGGUCCGUCCCUCCUACAGACUCGAACCAGCUUCUUAAGGAGAACUCUGACCUGAAAGAGAAGCAGGACAGCACCUUGAAGAGGAUGAAGCAUCUCCAGGUGCAGCUGAACGACAUGCACGACCGGUUCGAUGCCCUGGAGCUGCAGAACAUGCAGCUGCAGGAGGAGCUCAGGACCUCCGAGGAGAGCGGCAAGCAGGAGAUGGACCUCAUGGCCGGCAAGGUCACCGACCUCUCAGAGAAACUCAACGCUGCCGAGAAGAAGCUGAGAGAAUCCAGUCAGAAGUCAGCCAGAAAAGCUACAGAUGCAGCCGUGCCAAAGGAUCUUGAUGAGAAGCUGAAAGACAUUGAGGAAAAGCUGUCAGACGGGCAGAAGGCGCUGGAAUCUCAGGACAGGCUGGUGGGCCAGCUGACGGCUCAGAUGACAUCGGUGGAGGAGAAGGUGCUGGUUGCCGUGGGAACGGAAGCUGGGGAUGGCGAGGAGGCAGAAGGAUGGGGGUCUGGUACGGAGGCUGACACUGCAGAGAAGAGGCAGGGCGCAAAGAAAAAGACGGGCCGUUCCAUCGAUGCCGACAACCCCAGCUCCUCAGACUCGGAAGUAGGGGAGGCAGCUUCUUCCAAGGAAGGCAAGCUCCUCGGCCGCAUCAGGAAUCUUGAGAAGGUUCUCAAGGAGAAGGAUGUGAAGCUGAAGGAAGUGACGGCAAAGCUGGUGGACCAGACGACCAAGGAGAUCGGCAGCCGGAAGGACCACCACGCCAAGCUGCUGCAGUCGGAGAGCAAGGCGAAGGAGAUCGAAAAGAGCAGCGCUGCCAAGAUACAGGACCUGACCAAGGAACUAGAGAGGGAGAAAAGGAACCAGACCAAAGCACUGGAGGGUGUGGUUGAGAAGUACAAUGACGUGCAGCAGAGAAUCGCCUACAGUUGGUCACUCUUAGACGACGGGCGAGACAAACUCUUUGCAGUUCUCAAAAUAGCUUCAAAAGACGCCGGAAUCAAAAGGCGGCUGUCAGAAGUGGAGUCCAAAAUGUGCGAGACACUGGCAAGGCUGAAAGUCGCCGAGAACAUGUGCCAAACGCAGAACGAAAAGGUGCUACAGGGCGUUGGGCCAGUUCCCAAACCCGACGCACCAACGGGGCUAUCCCUCUCCCAGUGGGUCGCAGGCGUUCUGACUGACUCUGACCAAACUCUCUUACCACAGGAGCAGGGUCGGGACCAGGGAGACGCCUUAGCCCUGCAGGCCGCCAUCCUUACAGAAAUGGCCAAAUCCCUGGAGGAGACUCCUCAAGGAAGAGUGCCAAGUGGGAAGGAGCUACAGCUGAAGGAGUUCGAAGACGUCUUGGCGAGGAUAAGACACCUUGAGGCAGUUCUUAAGAAUGAGGAGGUGCCAAGUGAAAGUUUUUCCGCCUUGUCGGGAAGAGCCGCGGUAACUCAGGUAGACGUACCCACAGUGUUAGACCAUGUCCUGCAGGAUUGCAGUUACGCCCCAGAAGACCUGCAGAAGUACAACGAAGCCAAGCUGCAGUGUCAGGCCCAAACUGCUGAGCUCCUGACGGAGUUGUCUCGGCAUGACAGGUUCGCGGAGCUGGACCUUUUCAACCUGGUGAAGUCCGUAGCCGCAGGGACUGUCAAAAGAUACUCCGUAGAGACCUUAUCAGCCUCCAGACUUAAGAAGCAACCCGUCUCUGAGAAGGACGUCGCACAUCGGCUGCAGGCAGCCAAGUCUGACGCGCGACACGGUCAGCAGCAGCUUUCUGAACUGCUGGAAACCUACCAGGGCAGCCGGGUGUCGGCCAUCGCAGCAGCCAUGGCCAGGGACGUCCUACAAUGUGCAAACACGACGGUAGCGAACGCGCCGCCCGUAACGGUCUCUCUCGUAGGUUCGGCAGCAUCACAGGACAUGGAUGCCAGAAUCCAGCAGGAGGUCGCGACCUUGGAGACCAAGAGAGCGGCCGCGAAGGUUCUCGGCCGGGAAACCAUCUGGUCAGACGUCUUCCUCAACCUCCAACAGGGGUGCGACGCCCACUUGAGAAAGCUCCACUUAGAGAAGCAGUCGAGUCUCUACAGAUUCCGUUCCCACGCCGACUGGUUGGAAGAGAAAUACUCUGCCGUACAGAAAACUCUACAGGAGGACGUGAGGGUGAUUUCCGAGAAACUCAAGCAGGCAUUCGAUGCGGCGCUGGACAGAAGACCGUCAGAGGUAGACGCGUCGGGAGAAGUGUACAGUCUCCGGUCGGUGUCGCAGUUUGCGGACGUGGUGUGCAAUUGGGCGGUGGUGAAGGCAAUGUCAGACCACCUCGGGAAGAGGGAACCGGGAGCGGCCAAACCGCAGCAAGCCGAUUCCAGCCUCAGACCGAGCAAACUCUCCGGCUACCUGCUGGAGAGAGCACGCGACAUGGCUGCGAGCGCCAAGGAUGCGCGGAAACAGAACCUCACGGGCGCUCCGACGACGGAACAGCAUAGACACGUUACCAUGACGAUUCAGUGGGCCGUUCACCAGGCGGAGAGUGAAUACCUGUCGAUGUACCUGCGUAUGGAACAGGAGCGACAGGUGUCGGCGUUCCAACAGGUGUUCCAGGACGUGCGGACCUCCCCGUCGGCGCGUACGUUGGAGAGCCUCGCGAUCGAACACUCGCGGAACAUCAUCGACACGCGGGAGAAGUACGAGAGCCUGCUGCAGAGGGAGCGCCAGGAGAGCACCAAUCAGAUCGCAGGGAUGCAGGAGGAGCUGGAGACCCUGCGACAGACCCAGGUGAAGAAGACCCACUGUGACACCUGCACCAGCCCCAUCCAGAUCGAGGGCAAGGCCGUCUCCGUCGACCAGGAGGUCAAGAUACAGGACAUGGCAUCCAGACAUAAGAAGGAGGUGUCCCAGCUGCGAGACGCUCACCAGAAGGAGCUUGACCAGGUGAAGACGCAGCUGAAGAUGUCUCAAGACGACCUCCAGCGGAGGAACAAGGAGAGCAUCAAGGAAGUGGACCAGCUGACUGAGCUGAUCGAGACACUUAAGAUGCAACAUGAGGAGGAAGUUGGGCAGCUUCGGGAGGCUCUGGCUCGGGAGAUCGACUCUGCCAGGGACGAGGUAACACGAUCCUUCCAGAAGACGGUAGCCUCCGUGGCCUGCAGCACAGACGAGGAGACGGAGCUGGUGUCGGGUGACGUCCUGCGGGAGCGGCUGGAGGAGCUGGAGCAGGAGUGGGAGGAGAAACUCGCCGCCGCCAAGCAGGCUCACGAGGACGACCUGGAGCAGGUGCGUAACGACAUGCUGACGGCAGUGAGGUUCGCUCAGGAAGCCGCCAAGACUGACCAGGAGUCAGAGGAACUCAGGAAAAGAGUCCAGGAGCUUGAAGAGGAGAUCCACCAGGUUGAGGCUGAGUAUGAGGAAGCCCUGAGGAGACAGAAGGAAGAAUUCGAGCGAGCCUUACAUCGGAGCCAGGCCGCGGGCCCGCCCGGGAAGGAGCACAGCAAGAAGUAUGAGGAGGAACUGGACAGCAUCAGGGCUGUGAGUGACCAGGCGUUGAGCUCGUUGGAAGACUCCCACCAGCGGAUGUUAGACGACAUGAAACGAGCGCACCAACGGGAACUGGAGAAGGUGGAAGAACAGAAGGAAACUCUUCUAGCCGAGGAGACCGCAGCAACCAUUGCAGCGAUUGAAGCCAUGAAGAAGGCCCACAGAGACGAGCUGGUGAGGGAAGUGGCCAAGGCUCGCAUGGAGGCCGGGCAGACAUCUCAGGACCUGGAGGACAUCAGACAAGAACACCAGAAGGAGAUAGAAGCCCUGAACCGUGAAGUGGAGGUCCUGUCGAAACAGUUCUCUGGCAAGUGUGUGGAGAAAUCGCACCUUGAUCAGCAGGUGGAGACGCAGACAGCCACCAUUAAGGAGGUCCAGAGUAAGAUGCAGGACCUGAUGCAGCAAAACCAGGAGCUCAGCGCAAGAUUGACAGAAGAGAUGAAGCGGGUGCAGCGUCUUGAAAGCGGCGGAACCCGAGAACCGUCAGACGGGAAGGAAACGCCAAACCUGUACGAGCUCCAGGUGUCCUUAAGAGUCAAGCAGUCGGAGCUGCAGUACUUAAGACAGGAGGUGGGCUCCUUGAAGGAAGAGCUCAAGUCUGCCAGAAGGGACCAGAUGCACCUUGCAGAGAAGCACCAGAGACUACAGCUGGAGUACGAAGGCCUGCGGGUCCGGCACGACCGCCAGGUGGCCUCGCUGCACAGCCAGCUCCGCGAGCUCCAGAACCUCCCGGAAGUCGUGCCCGAAGACGAGCCAGUGUUCGUCGGCGCGGCAACGACCACGCCCUCCUCCUCCGCCAGGUAUAGCCCGUCUCCGGGCGUGUCCUCCUCCCGUUACACCACAUCAGCGACAUCGCCAUCCGCUUACGACAUCCAGAGGUCGAAGAGCACGCCGGACUUCCUGACGCUCCCGGAAGCUGGCACGACGACAGAGAGACAUUUCUCUGACGACACGGAACCGAUUCGCGUCAAGCUGCGCAGGUCAAAGGACGAGCCAACAAAGGUGGGCAGAAAGAGUUUGGAGAGAGGACCGAGGUCAGGCCGUGUCGCAGACCGACUUAGGCUUUUCGAGACUCCCUGAACACAACACCCCUACAGCAAACAUGGCAUAGUCCAGUUCAGCACCUCUACAAUGUUGGGAGAGUCCAAUAUCUUACAGAAAGAGGGUGGAAAACUGCUAACUUCUUCGAGUCACCCCCCCCCCCC